AUGGCGUUCCUACAGGGUGUGAAGCUUGCGUUUACAUUGUUGACACUUGCCACGCCAUCCUGGGCGGCUGGUGUAGCACCUGGUCAGAUCAAGAACUUUGUCACUUUUGGUGACUCUUACACUGAUUCCUCAUACUACCCCUCCGCUGACGGAGGCUAUUCCUGGCCAACAUGGGCAGCCAUGUACGGUGACCUUGAUCUCUAUGGAUUUGCUCGUUCCGGUGCAACGUGCUCGAACCUGCUCACCUACAGACCCUUCCCUCCGAUCAUGGGUUGGCAACUCCCUGCUUAUAUGAAUGAGACGAGAAAUGGCACGCUGGAAUUGAACGCAAAUGAGACGAUGUAUACCAUCUGGAUUGGAACCAAUGAUCUAGGUGUCAACGCGCUGCUUACCGGAAGCGACGCCCCCGCCACUUCAAUUGUUCAGGUCAGGCAGUGCACCAUCGAUGUCCUGAAGAUCUUGUACGAGAGCGGUGCUAGGAACUUCAUUAUGCAGAACAUGCUUCCCCUUGACCUGACAAUCUUGUACUCUAAUUACUCGUACCCCAACACUUAUUGGAACCUGGAACGCAAUACAACUGGAUGGAAUGUGUAUAUGAAGGAGCUGGUACGCGCAGGGAAUGAAAUCACAUCCCUCAUGCUCGACGCGCUUGUGCCUACGCUCCCUGAUGCUCAUAUUGCAUCCUUUGACUCCUACGGGCUUUUCACAGACAUGUAUAACAACCCUCAGGACUAUUUUAAUGGCACUGCGCCAUACAAUGUAACGGGCUGCAUACAUUCAUGUGUGUACUCUAUAGGCAGCACGGCAGCACCUGCUUGUACAAUCACCAAUGGUACUAACGCAGACAGCUUCAUGUGGUACGACGAACUUCACCCAUCGCAGCAGUCCGCCAGAAACUUGGCUAGGGAGAUGACCGCAGUGAUGAUGGGGGAGCAAAACCAGUGGACGACAUGGUUGAGCUAA